UAAACAACGGAGCUAGCACAGAUAUCAGCCCAUAAUUCAUCAUAAGCCACACCGUAACGAUGCUAGUAGACCUCGAAUCCAUUCAACCCUCCAAGUCUGCUUUACUCGUCAUUGACGUACAGAAUGACUUCGUCAGCGGCAGCCUCGCCGUUCGCGACGCAGAGCAGAUCAUCGACACCGUCAAUGCACUCCUCACGCUUCCAUUCGCUCUUAAAAUCGGCACACAAGACUACCAUCCCGCCAACCACAUCUCCUUUGCGCGCAAUCAUGCAGGCAAGAAGGAGUUCGAGAAGAUUACCAUAUCUCCUCCCGCAGAGUUGUUAGCAAAGAGGAAGCCUGAGGAUAAACUGCCACUAGAAGCGCUCGAACAGGUGCUGUGGCCUGUGCACUGCGUACAGGACACGACUGGUGCAGCAUUUGUGGACGGCCUGAAGCACGAGUGCCUGGAUGUCGUACGUAAAGGCUGCGACGUCGGGAUCGAGUGUUACUCUGCAUUUGAAGAUCCAUGGGGACUUACGAACACUGGGCUCAAGGACAAGCUGAGGAGCAAGGAGAUAUCGAAUGUUUUCGUGGUCGGCAUAGCGGGAGAUUAUUGCGUCAAGUUUAGUGCACUUGAUGCAAAGAAACACGGCUUCAGGACGUUUGUGAUCAGGGAUGCGGUCAAGAGCGUGUCUGAUGAGGGUACAGAAUGGAUCGAGAUGACCAAGGCAGGCGUAGAAAUCGUUGAUACGGCUGAAGAAAUUUUGACCUCGAAGACCUUCUCUCAGUAGCUUCUGGACUCUGGAGUAGUCGGAUAAUAUGCAAACAGAUCUAGUACUGGCAGAUAGCGAAAAGUUUUACAAUCACUGUACACCGAAUUUCCUCAAUAGCUCGUCUCUCGAAAUCAGCACCCUUGUCCCAA